AUGUCGCUUGUGCCCAUUGGGAUAGCCAACCCGGCAGCCAACGGAAUUGAAAUCGGCAGAGCAAUGGGCCAGUACUGGGGGGUUGCUUAUCGGUUCGGCAACAAGGCCGCCCUGUUUGGCGGCAUCGUUGGCGACCUAGUCGACGACAAUGGUACACUGCUGUGGAAGAUUACGAGCGCCGUCCAGAGCCGUCAAAUCCCCUCAAAGCUCGACGAAGAAGUCUAUGCAGUUAACCAGGCUCACUUUUUUGUGUUGUUCGAGUGGGAAGAGCAGUUUGUUGGUGACAAGACAUCCACUAUCCCACGUACCCCACGUACCCCACCUGGCAGCGCUCGCCAAGUUCUUCUACCCACGCCGGCCUCAUCAUCUUCUGGUGACAAGCGGCGACGACCUGAUUCUGAGCGCCAGUCGCCGCCAAUGUCGAAGCGCCAGCGAGAGUGGGUCGCCUCGCUGCCCCCAGUGGUGGGAGCGGUGGCCCUCUCUGCGCACGAGGUCGAGGAGGAGACCAUGAACGGGAGCGCUAGUGCACCGUUUCCAGUUGAACACCGUAGUCGGCAGGAGCAGGAGCAUCAGCAACAACAGCCAGUCCAGUCCCCGCGCUUGCGCCCGGUCACCCCCAAGCCUCAACACCUCCCGGAGGCUCCCGAGCAACACGGUCAAGUCCAGCCACCUCAAAACCAGGAGCCGCAGCAUGAGUCGGAGGAUAAGCGUGACGGCUCGUCCUCUGCCGAACCUCAGCACCUUCAGACGCCAGCGACACAGCACGAGCUCAACGGGGAACAGCAGAAGCAGCAGCAGCAGCAGACCCAGCACCUGCGCGAGGGUUCGUCCACCCCAAAGGCGCCGCGCCGCCAAGAGUGUCCUGCCGACCACGAGGACAACGGCGUCGGAGCCGUUCCAGAGCGCAGCGGCUCGACGACGCCCCAGCCGCAGCCGCAGCCCGACACCACCACCACCACUGAGGUCGAGGCGCUGAGAAAGGCGCAUGCCGACGCCGUAGCCCAAUGGGACCGUGAACGCACAGCGCUCGUCGGCGAACGCGACAAACUCGCUGCGGACCUCGCUGCGGCUCGGCUUCUGGCAGAGCAAGUUUUGCAGCGCAACUCGAAGGAGAUCGCCGACUGCAUCAAAGACAAGGAACUGGCACAGGCGGCGGCGUGCGACGCGAGGAUGGCAAAGGCCGCUGCCGAGGACGUCCUGGCCGCCAAAAUGUCCCGCGAAAGCUACAUGGACAACACGCGUGCCCACUUUAUGGAGCAUAUCGAGCGUAACAAGCUGGAGUUGGGCAACGUCCGCGCGAUGCUGGAGGUCAGCGACCAAGCCCUCAAAGACGCAUACAUUGAAAUCGAUGGUCUUCAAGCCCGACUGAAAUCAUCAAUGGAUGCUCCAGUGCCAACGACUGUGUCGCCCGCGUCCAAAGAGGCAUUGGAGGGCGCCAAUGCUGCGCGCGACGCCGCGCUCGCUGGCCGAGUCCAUGAUGCCGACAAGCACGCGCACGAUAUGGAACACCUACAAGCAGAGCUCGCCCGCCUCACGACGGUGUCGGCCAACAAGGAGAGUGGCGGAGCGUGA